GUCGUUAACUUCGUUGGUGUGGAGCCACUCGCUCCUCGGCCUCCUAUUUGCAUUUCUCCAGUUUGUUCUUCUCAGCGCUUCCAUUCAAACUCAAUCCGUUGCAGAGCCUAGGUUUUCUCAGAUUAUGAAAUCUCCGUCGUCAAUGGAUUGUUCCGAUUCAUCCAUUCAAGCAUCCGAUUCUCCCUACCGUCUCUUGCUUGCAGCGGCGUCUCUCAUACCUGUUUCUCACUACUUGCUAGGGUUCCUGUUCAUUGUUUUGGUGUUUCUGUACAAUUUCCUCGAGGUUCACAUUCUUCAGGACCUGUUCGCCGGGUUCAGAGGACAGCCAGUGUCUUUGACCUUCGACGCUUCUUCCGAGGUUUACCAAGAAAUCGUCUCCAAGUGUCGAAUUCUUCAUGGGAGGUAUUUUGCAACUCCCUGGCUUUCCAGUCCUCAUCUUCAGACUUCUUUCUUGAGCUUCUCUGGUCAUCCUCCUGCUUUCAGCUACAGCAGACAGCUAUUUCAUACGGCUGAUAAUGGAACAAUGGCUCUGGAUUGGCUGAUGAAUUCUGAUGUUUCAGAGGCUUCUUUCCAAAUGAAAGGCACCGUUCCUGGAGAUGAUAAAGUCCCCAUCGUGAUGGUAAUUCCAGGCUUAACAAGUGAUUCUUCCGCCGCAUAUAUAAAGCAUUUCGCUUUCAAGAUGGCAAAAUGUGGUUGGAAUGUUGUCGUCAGCAAUCAUCGUGGGCUCGGAGGGAUAUCUAUUACUUCUGAUUGCUUCUAUAAUGCUGGUUGGACAGAGGACAUACGUGAAAUCAUUGACCAUAUUCACCAUAAAUAUCCAGAAGCUCCUCUUUGUGUGGUUGGAACUAGUAUUGGUGCAAAUAUUCUGGUAAAAUAUCUGGGCGAGGAUGGGAUUAAUACCCCUAUUGCUGGUGCAGCAGCUAUAUGUUCUCCUUGGGAUCUUCUGAUAUGUGACAGGUUUAUCAACCGUAGAAUUGCUCAGAAGUUCUAUAAUAAAGCUUUAACGGUUGGCCUGAAAGCUUAUGCUCAGUUGCAUCAGUCCAUCAUAUCCCGUCUUACAGAUUGGGAUGGAAUUGAAAAGUCGCGUUCUGUUCGAGACUUUGAUGAUUAUGUGACUCGGGUCCUUGCAAAAUAUGAGACAGUGGAUACUUAUUACAGGCGUAGCAGCAGUAUUAAUUUUGUGGGAAAAGUUAUGCAGCCACUUCUCUGCAUCAAUGCUUUAGAUGAUCCAGUUUGCACGAGAGAAGCCAUCCCUUGGGAUGAGUGCAGGGCAAAUAAAAACAUUGUUCUGGCUACCACACAGCAUGGAGGACACCUUGCUUAUUAUGAAGGGAUGACUGCAAACAGCCUGUGGUGGGUAAGGGCUGUUCAUGAAUUCUUUAAUGUUUUGUGCUCGAGUUCAUUAAUCCACAGAAAGGAGGAGGUAUUGCAAAUUCCGCCCUUGAUCAGUCCUCUAGAGUCUUCAGUUGAGCAAAGCCCGUAUGUGAAUAUUACAGAAGGAGGACUGGUGACUACUACGGGCGAUAACCAAACAACUAAUCCAGAAGACGUACGCCUUCAGAAUGAGCCUACAGUUCAGAGCGAGGGGGGCAAAGAUACAAUUCUGGAAGCACGUAAAAAUGAUCUGAAUACAGGAGCAAGGACGGAUUUGACAGAUGAGCCGCCCCAGCCCCAGCCCCAAGAUGCUAACGACAUGAUUAUGCCUGUAAGAAGAUACAUGGAUCAGCUUUCGCGACAGAGCGGGAAAUCAUUUUGGCUACUCGUGUAUGUUGCCAUUGUAACAACUUGGCCACUGGUGGGUUCAGCUGUUACAUUGUUCUUCAAGAAAAAGUUCGGUAAAGUCUUCUCAGCAACCAAGCAAAGGAGAUAGAAUCCCAAUUCCAUGCUGGUAUGUUGUUGUUGUCUUAUUCAACAACCUGUUGUUCCCUGGGAAGGGGCAAUCGAAAUAAUAGUGCAAAAUAGUCGUAAAAUACCACUUUCGUUGUGAAUAAUAAAUAGGCCGAGAGCUCGAGAGCUUGAGCCGGAUGGAAACCAAUCAAAACCCACGGGGUACAGCAGAUCUUCUUUGUUAUAAGCUGCGUGCGUUACAUAUGCUUGGUGCAGGACAUGUGUCGCCUGUUCAGCAGCAGCUAUUGAAGAGAAUUAAAUUUGCUAGCCUCUUUCAAAUCAAAAUUUUUUGUUACAUGAUUUGGGUAUUUAAUAAUAAUUUUUAGGUUAUUUUA